AUGGAGAAGAAUGUUGUUAAAAAAGAAAAUAAAACAAGCCUACUUUCCAUUUUUGGAGAGCAAGAAGGUAUUAUAUUAGAAUCAGAAAUAAAAAGGUAUCGUGUCUUAAAGAUAGUUGGUCGGGGAACAUUUGGAAUUGUUGUUGGUGUUAUAGAUGAGGAACAACAUAUAUUUGCUAUUAAACGGAUAUUAGAAGAUCCAAGACAAAAAAAUAGGGAAUUAGGUAUUAUGAAAGAGUUAAAACACCCUAAUGUAAUAGAAUUAUUAGAUCAUUUCUAUACAAUAUUGCCUAAUUAUAAAGAACCAUGUUUGAAUUUAGUCACUGAAUGUUAUCCUGAAAGUCUCCACCAAAUGUUACAUGAUUAUGCAGCAGAACAGUUACCAAUUCCAUUAAGACAUGCACGGUUAUUCACAUACCAACUAUGUAGAGGACUAAGUUAUAUACAUUCAAAAGGAAUAUGUCAUCGAGACUUAAAACCACAAAAUAUAUUAGUUAAUCGACAAAAUUUAGAAUUAAAAAUAUGUGACUUUGGAGCAGCUAAAGUCCUUGAAGCAAACCAACCAAAUACCGCAUAUAUCUGUACAAGAUAUUAUAGAGCACCAGAACUAAUAUUUGGGUGUGUUGAUUAUACUACUUCAAUUGAUAUAUGGAGUGUUGGAUGUAUUAUUGCAGAGUUAUUAACUGGUCAAAUACUUUUUCGAGGAAUGACAACUUCAGAUCAAUUAGUGAAAAUUUUCUCCAUUAUUGGUUCUCCUUCAGUCGAACAGGUCUUGGCUAUGAACCCAAAUUCUCCUUAUACUAAAAUUCCUCGUGUUAAUGGAAAGGGGAUGAAUGAAGUGUUAAUGUAUACUGACUCACCUGAUAAUGCAUAUGAAUUAUUAGAAAGUAUUCUUCAAUUUGAUCCAUCAAAAAGACCAAGUGCUAUGGAAGUUAUGUUACAUGAUUUCUGUAAAGACAUGUUUAGAGAAUUAAUGAAACGGGAUGGAAUUGGAGAAUGGACCAAUUAUACUGUGGAUGAAUGGUCAUUAGCUGAUCAAAGAAACUUGGUAGGUAGAUUAAAAGAAUUCUGUAUGUUAGAGAAGAGGAGAAAAGAGAGAUAUUCAAAGAAGUGA